AUGCUGCCGCCGGCGCCCUCCCGCCUCGGGCUGCUGCUGCUGCUGCUCCUGUGUCCUGCGCACGUCGGUGGACUGUGGUGGGCGGUGGGCAGCCCCUUGGUCAUGGACCCCACCAGUAUCUGCAGGAAGGCACGGAGGCUGGCUGGGCGGCAGGCCGAAUUGUGCCAGGAGGAGCCGGAAGUGGUGGCCGAGCUAGCACGGGGCGCCCGGCUCGGGGUUCGAGAGUGCCAGUUCCAGUUCCGUUUCCGCCGCUGGAACUGCUCCAGCCACAGCAAGGCCUUUGGGCGCAUCCUGCAGCAGGACAUCCGGGAGACUGCCUUCGUCUUUGCCAUCACGGCUGCGGGCGCCAGCCACGCAGUCACGCAGGCCUGCUCCAUGGGCGAGCUGCUACAGUGUGGCUGCCAGGCGCCCCGCAGGCGGGCCCCACCGCGACCCCCUGGCCUGCCAGGCACCCUUGGGCCCCCUGGUCUUGUGGGCUCCCCAGAGGGCAGCGCAGCCUGGGAGUGGGGAGGCUGCGGCGAUGAUGUGGACUUCGGAGAUGAGAAGUCCAGGCUCUUUAUGGAUGCGCGGCACAAGCGGGGCAGUGGGGACAUCCGAGCGUUGGUGCAGCUUCACAACAAUGAGGCAGGCCGGCUGGCUGUACGGAGCCAUACGCGCACCGAGUGCAAAUGCCACGGACUGUCGGGCUCCUGCGCUCUGCGCACCUGCUGGCAGAAGCUGCCCCCGUUCCGCGAGGUGGGCGCGGAGCUGCUCGAGCGCUUCCACGGCGCCUCACGUGUCAUGGGCACUAACGAUGGCAAGGCUCUGCUGCCCGCCGUCCGCAGCCUCAAGCCGCCUAGCGGGGCCGACCUACUCUACGUUGCCGACUCGCCCGACUUCUGCGCCCCCAACCGGCGCACAGGCUCUCCCGGCACUCGGGGCCGCGCCUGCAACAGCAGUGCCCUGGACCUCAGCGGCUGCGACCUGCUGUGCUGUGGUCGCGGGCACCGCCAGGAGAGCGUGCAGCUCGAGGAGAACUGCCUGUGCCGCUUUCACUGGUGCUGCGUAGUGCAGUGCCACCAAUGCCUCGUGCGCAAGGAGCUCAGCCUCUGCCUCUGA